UUGAUUUUCAUUUGUCCCCCUCGUCCGUUUUAUGAAUGACUUCAAUAGUCCGGGGACGCGCGUGUCCGGCCCGCACGCGGCCCGCGGAUCCCCCCCGGUCACUCUUUCGGCGGCGUGCACAUUUCACCGUAGCACCGACGCGCGGCAGCCAUGGCGGAGAGCGACGGAUGCGAUUACUUCCGAAGAACCAGCCUGUUUUGGAUCGUCGCCGUGACGGCCUCGAUGGGCUACUUCACCUGCACUGUAUUUAUGCCAGAAAAAAUCCCCUUUGAAAGCCUUCGCCAAUUUGGCACGUUGUGCAAAUAUCUUGUGGAUAAUUAUGCGGACCUCUUGUACAAAGGGUGGUGGGCCACUUGGGCUAUUCACCUGCUCGAAGCCUGUAUUGCAUUGAGGGUGUGCAGCAAAAAAGGCAUUGACAGUGUGACGACUCGCUUGCUGUGGUUCUUCCAGACAUUUCUGUUUGGUCUCGCCUCGCUGGGGCUGCUCCUCAAGUACAAACCGGAGCGCCCCAAACAGCAGUGACGCCAGCGGGAGAGGCCUGCCGAGCAACACCGCCUAAGCUGAACUACAAACGUUUUAUCUCCUGUUUUACAAGGCAUCGGUCCUUUUCCCUGUUUAGCUUCGUUUUGAAUAAUAACACUAAAGUCAAAGCUGAAAUUGGAUAAAUCAGGCGCCAAACAGUUUUUCUGAACUGUGUCCCGAUGCUGGACCUGUCACUGUCUCAUUCCAUUAGUUUUGCAAAGGAAACCUCUGAAAAGACCGUAGUUUUAAUUCUAAAGCUUUUAUCGUUCAUUUUUCAGAAUUAAGAGUUGUAUGCUGAUCUCAACAAGUAUUGCAAUUCACAGGGGGCCUUAUCGACACGCCGAAGUCGCUGCUGAAGUGCUCUGAUUCAGGUUUUUAGAGCGGCACAGCCUCUGUUUGUUUAACAGCCGUGUGAGAUGUGACCGCUUUCCAGUCAUCUCAUGAGGGAACUGUGAUGUUUACUCAAGUAUUCUGAACUAAUUUUAUUGCAAUAAUUAUGCACAAGUAUUACAGUCGUUAUGGGGAGGUGUGAUAGAAAUCAUAACCGUUUCCAUAAAUGCUUGGCACUUUCUGUAGAUAAUCACGUUCAUUUCAGACAAUGAUGAUAUUUGUAUCUUGUGUGCAUCUCUGGAGCCAAGCUUGCAGGACCAAAGGAUAAAUUGAUUGUAUUCAGGUGGCAAGCUCAUAUCAGACUCAGUAGGUAACAUGGAUGAAAAACCUUCAUAUUGACCUCUCCAACACCUCGCUGUUGCCUUUUUGAAGUGCUCUGAUCACUUACAGUUGUAGAAAAAGUACCCCCCCCCCAAUUUUUGAGCUGAAAACAUGUUUUGGGCCUAAGAUAGUAGAUCGAAUUACCCUCGUGAUAAAUUCUGCAAAAAAAAGAUGCAUUAAACAGCGACUUUUGAGGAAAAUAAUCUGAUGCUUUUUCUAACAUCCGGGGGGGGGGGGCACAUUAAGAUCAACCUCUUCCGUGUUUCCUGCGUGGGGGCAUCAAACUUGCCGAGACCCCUGUGACGUAGAGGACACACGGGGGGACCAGGGUGUCAGACCAAUAAAAUAUGAGCCAGCUCAACCCCCUGGGCCGACUUGUGAGAAGUUGGGGCGAGUUCUUCUUCUACAACACUGUCACCUUCAGUCUAACCCGCACCUCCAUCAUUCGCCUCGACAGCUACAUCUACACCUGUUUGUUUUUUUUAACCUUUUUCAAUAUGUGAGUAGGCAGAGACAGGCUAAAAACCAAGUGUUUACAUACUCUUUAAGCAUAAUUUUUACCGGAGUGGUUCUCUGAACAUACUGUGUGGAAAAAAUAAAGGGUGAUAUAUGAAUCAAA